UCAGCUCUUAUUACAACUGGUGAUCUCAUAUCUUGAAUAUCAUUAUCAUCAUCAAUGGCACCAAGAAUUAUAUCCAUCCUCUCACUAACAUUAAUAAUAACGAUAUCCCUUCUUUCUAUCUCCAGCACCAACGCCCAGCUUCGUAACAACUUCUAUGGCGUCUCUUGCCCCAAUCUCCAGACCAUCGUCUUCAACGUCAUGAGAGAUUCCGUCCGUCAACAGCCCCGUCUCGGCGCCUCCAUCCUCCGCCUCUUCUUCCACGACUGCUUCGUCAACGGAUGCGACGGAUCGGUACUACUAGAUGACACUCCGACGUUCACUGGGGAGAAGAACGCCCUGGCCAACCGGAACUCGGUUAGGGGAUUCGAGGUCAUCGACACCAUUAAAACUCGCGUGGAAGCCGCUUGCAACGCCACGGUUUCUUGCGGCGAUAUCCUUGCCCUAGCUGCACGAGAUGGAACCACACUUUUGGGAGGACCUUCAUGGGGUGUGCCACUGGGGCGGAGAGACGCGAGAACGGCUAGCCAGAGUACAGCCAACUCGGACCUACCAUCCCCCUUCGCAAACUUGGAUACCCUCAUCACCUUGUUCACAAACAAGGGGCUUUCAGCCCGGGACAUGACCGCCCUCUCGGGCAGCCACUCAAUCGGGCUGGCCCAAUGCUUCACUUUCAGCCAGCGUAUCUACAACGACACCAACAUCGACCAGAGUUUUGCCACCCUACGUCAAUCCACUUGCCCACAGGACACGACUACUGGCGGCUCCAACUUGGCCCCUCUCGACAUUCGGACCCCUAAUCGUCCUCUUACAGGCACUAAUCGGUUCGAUAACAAUUACUACCAGAACUUGAUUAACCGACGGGGCUUGCUCCACUCAGACCAAGAACUGUUCAAUAACGGUUCCCAAGAUGCCUUGGUGCAGCUCUACAGCACGAAUCAGAGGGUCUUUUUCCAAGACUUUGCAUCUGCCAUGGUGAGAAUGGGGAAUUUAAGUCCUCUUACAGGCACUAAUGGGGAGAUUAGGAGGAAUUGCAGAUUGGUUAAUUAAUUAAAUAAUGAUUGCAUGCAUGGUUUAAUAAAUGAUCUAGAGGUUUAAGUAAUUAUUCAAGCAUAAGGGCUUCAAUGGUUGGCUUAUUUAU